AUGGUGCUGGAAGGAAACCCUGAAGUUGGGUCCCCCCGAACUUCAGACCUCCGCCACCCUGGGCACAAGGGCUCUUGUGUCCUCUCAUCUGGUGAAGACGCCCAGCCCGGCCAAGAAUCCAUCAAGUAUGGUGAACUCAUCGUCCUGGGAUGCUGUGAGAAAGGAGGUGAGGAAACCGAGGCUCAGAGAGGGGAAGUGACUGGCCCAAGGGCACACAGCUGUUACAAUGGGUGUCUGGCAAGCGGGGACAAGGGCCGCCGGCGAAGUCGCCUGGCACUGAGCCGCCGGUCGCAUGCCAAUGGGGUGAAACCAGAUGUCAUGCAUCACAUCUCCACACCACUCGUCUCGAAGGCACUGAGUAACCGGGGCCAGCACAGCAUCUCCUACACACUGUCCCGGAGCCACUCAGUCAUAGUGGAGUACACGCAUGACAGCGACACAGACAUGUUCCAGAUUGGCCGUUCCACUGAGAAUAUGAUCGACUUUGUGGUGACAGACACAUCCCCUGGAGGAGGGGCUGGAGAGGGUCCCUCUGCCCAGAGCACCAUCUCCCGCUACGCUUGCCGCAUCCUCUGUGACCGAAGGCCGCCUUACACUGCCCGCAUCUAUGCCGCUGGCUUUGAUGCCUCCAGCAACAUUUUUCUUGGAGAACGGGCCGCCAAAUGGCGGACACCCGAUGGCCUGAUGGAUGGUCUGACCACUAACGGGGUUCUGGUGAUGCACCCAGCCGGCGGCUUCUCCGAGGACUCAGCCCCGGGUGUCUGGCGGGAGAUCUCAGUCUGCGGGAAUGUGUACACGCUGCGGGACAGUCGCUCAGCCCAGCAGCGGGGGAAGCUGGUGGAAAACGAGUCCAACGUGCUGCGGGACGGUUCGCUCAUCGACCUGUGCGGGGCCACGCUGCUGUGGCGCACGCCAGCCGGGCUGCUGCGGGCACCCACGCUGAAGCAGCUGGAGGCCCAGCGGCAGGAGGCUAACGCAGCGCGGCCCCAAUGCCCGGUGGGCCUCAGCACCCUGGCUUUCCCCAGCCCCGCCCGGGGCCGCACGGCCCCCGACAAGCAACAGCCCUGGGUCUAUGUCCGCUGCGGCCACGUCCAUGGUUACCACGGCUGGGGCUGUCGGCGGGAGCGGGGCCCGCAGGAGCGUGAGUGUCCACUCUGUCGCCUUGUGGGGCCCUAUGUGCCGCUGUGGCUCGGCCAGGAGGCUGGCCUCUGCCUGGACCCCGGGCCACCCAGCCACGCCUUUGCACCCUGUGGCCACGUCUGCUCCGAGAAGACUGCCCGCUACUGGGCCCAGACACCACUGCCCCACGGCACCCACGCUUUCCACGCUGCCUGCCCCUUCUGUGGGGCGUGGCUGACCGGCGAGCACGGCUGCAUCCGCCUCAUUUUCCAGGGGCCGCUGGACUAGGCUUCCUGGGGCCUCCUGCCGCUGCGCCUGCUACCCACUAAGGGCACCCACUUGCUGCAGCCCAGAGGAGUUCUGCAUGUGGGACCCGACCUGCUGGCAAACAGCUACCCUAGAUGGACAUGUUGGAUGGGCUGUGCGCCUUCCCACUGAAUGGGUCCCUGAGAUCCCUACCCCAGUUACACAAAUGGGGCUUGGCAACAGCUCUGCCCCAGAUUCAUGGAGGGUGGCCCCCCAUGCCUCUGUUCUUCCUGGGGCAUCCCCCCUUAUGCCGCCUACACUGUGCCCCGGGGGAGUGAAGGGGCCCAGGGGCCCUUGACCCCAGUUCAGGCUGGCUACACCCUGAGCAAGCUGACCCGGUUCCAGACACUCAACCUUCCUGCCGCUGCCCUGGGUUCCUCUAUAAACCGUGCUGCUCAGCUGCCCUCAC